CUCUCAAGUCUCAACCCCCAGUUGCCACCAUUACCUUUGCUUCCCCCGCUCACCCCUCAACAUUAAGCUUCCAUGCCAAGUACAGAGUGACUAUACUGAAAUGCUGAAGCUCCAAAACAGCCCCAUGAAACACGGCGGCGCCGCCAGGAGCACCUGGCCCCGUGGCUGCGACACUUGCCGCUCAGCUGCAUCCGCCGUCUACUGCCGCACGCACUUGGCCUACCUCUGCACCAGCUGCGAUACCCGCAUACACGCCGACAACCACUUAUCUCCCCGCCACGAGCGCGUAUGGGUCUGCGAGGCCUGCGAAAGCUCUCCCGCGGCCCUCAUAUGCAAAGCCGAUUCAGCUUCCCUCUGCUCCGCCUGCGACGCCGACAUCCACUCGGCCAACCCUCUCGCCCGCCGCCACCACCGCGUCCCCAUCCUGCCGAUUCCAGGUACUCUCUACGGCCCCUCAGCCGCCAACGCUGACGGAGUCAUAGUCCGCCGGUCGAUGGAUGAAGAAGCUGAGGAUGAGGAUGAGGAUGAAGCAGCUUCAUGGCUAUUAUACAACCCUACAAUCAAGAACGGCGAUGAAGACCAAAGCAACGACGAUAAUGGGAGGGCGUCGUUUGGCGGAGAGGCGGAUGAGUAUUUAGCCCUUGAUUACUACAAUUCGUGUCAGAAUAAUCAGUUCAACAAUGGAUACAGUAUUAAUCAGCAGCAACCAUGUCAGAGUUUUCCUCAACGUAGCUACUGCAGCGACAGUGUUGUCCCAAUCCCACCUGCAUACAGUUAUCCUGCUUCAAUUUCUCAAACUGUUGCGCUUCCAUUAAUGGAUCAUGUCGGGGGGGUUCCGGAACCAGCAACAAGUGAAGUUUCAGUCUCCCAAACACGACCUCCAAAAGGAACCAUCGAACUCUUCUCAGGCCCUCCUGUCCAAAUUCCAACACAGCUUUCUCCAACAGACAGAGAGGCCAGAGUGUUGAGAUAUAGAGAGAAGAAGAAGAACCGGAAGUUUGAGAAGACAAUCAGGUAUGCGUCGAGAAAGGCUUAUGCAGAAACCAGGCCGAGGAUCAAAGGUCGAUUUGCCAAGAGAUCAGGAGAUGCAGAAGCCGAAGUGGAUCAGCUGUUCUCUACAUCUCUAGUAAGCGAGAGCGCGUUCAGCGUCGUCCCGUCCUUCUGAAGAGGUCGGGAUUUGCAGUAGCGAAUAGUACUAAAAUGACACUCAUAGUAUAUAUUGCAUCUUCUUGCAAUUGUGUUGUUAUAAUAUUGAUAUGAUCUUAUGUA